AUGGCGACGGUGACGGUGGGCCUCGGCCGACGACGGUGGCGGUGGCCGCUAAUUAAGUGGAGGUGGGGGCGCCGCGCCCGGGAGCGGGGGGGCGCUCCGUGGGGGCGCGGGGCGGGCGGGGGGGUGCAGCGCGCAGGGCGGGGCGAGAGGCGGGCCGGCUUCAUUCCGCCGCGCGCCGCGCCGCAAACAGCACGUAGUCCGCGCGCGCGGGCCAUGGUCGCGAGAACCGAUGAGAUGUUCGGGUGCUAUGGUGACAGCUACUCGUACCGCCUGUGGAGCCUGGCCAACGUAUGGGGCGCCUGCCGAUGUGAG